UGUCAGCUCAGAUGAAUAUACUAUGUGAUGUAUAAAGAUCAAAAUUACUCAAGUAUUGUAUUCAGAUUGCCAUUCUCUUAAAUAUAAUGUAAAUUAAAGUAUAAAUAAGAUACAAAAAUUGUCUCUAAAUUUUUUAAGUGAUCUGAUUCGAGAAGGAAUAUAUACCGUUUAACGUACAUUCAUUCAUAAAAUAGUAGCAUUUUAGGUUACUAUGGCACAAUCAACAGCUAGUGGAACGUCUUCUCGACGAUAUAUGAGAGAACACGAUGUUAAUGUACCAUCAUCAUCACGCUAUGUGGAUAGUGAAUGGGAAACUAAAGAAGCUUUACGACAAAGAGAACUUGAGGAAGCAAGAGCACGAGCUGCACAAAUGGAAAAAACAAUGAGGUGGUGGUCAGAUUGUACCGCUAAUUGGCGAGAAAAGUGGAGCAAAGUACGUAAUGAAAGGAAUAUGGCAAGAGAAGAAGCAAAGACGCUUAGAUCAAAAUUAGAAAUUGCUGUAAAGGAUGCAAAUAGUUAUAAACACGAAUGCCAGGAACUUGAAUUACAAAAUGAACAAUUAAAAAAAGAAAUGGAAAAAAUACAUAUGGUAUUGUUAAAACACGCUGGCCAAUUUGAUCAACAAAUUUUUACAGUUUUAGAAUCAGAUCCACAAUUAAGAAAUACAUUAGGUAUAGAUGAAUUGUUGAAAUUUUACAAUAAUGUGGAACAAAGUGAAGGUGUAAAUUCUCAGAAAGAUUUACUUACUUGUAAAGUUCUUGAUGACUCUAAUGUUUGCUCAGGAAGUCAUAGUAUCUUGCCAGAUAGAGAUAUCGAAGAAUAUGUAUUACAAGGUGCAGUGCCAAAACAUGCUGUAGAGUUAUAUAAAGAGAGUCCUCUUAAUUCAUUAGAUAAAGAUAUUGCAAGAUUAGUUUCAGAUUCUAAUUCUGUAGAAGAUAAUGUAGAAAAAAAUUCGUCUUCAUUACAAACACGUACAGAUGAUUCAUAUGCACAAAAAAUAAUUUUACUCCAACAUAAAUUGGAUGAAGCUACAAAAACUAUUUCUACUGAAAGAGAAGAAAAAAAUUCUUUACAUCGUGGUAUGGAAAAAUUGAAAGCAGAAAUAAUACAAUUAAGAAAACAGUGUGAAGAAUUAGAAGAAAGCAAAGCUGAUGUUACAAGAGAAUUACUUGAAUUGAAAGAUCGGUUUCAAAUUAAGCUUAGCGAUGUACAAGCUGGUAUAAUUGAUGAAGCUUCCAGUAGGGAAGGAAUGAAUCGUCGUCUGUGUGAACUUAGGGCUGAGUUAGAGAAACUUCAAGCAGAAAAUGCAGCUGAAUGGGGAAAACGAGAACGUUUGGAAACAGAAAAAAUUUCUUUAGAACGUGAAAAUAAGCAACUUCGUAAUGAAUUAAAUGAUUUACAAGAAAGGAUAGAAUCUCGACGAUCACGUCCAGUUUCCACAUCAGACAGCGAUACAAGACAAUUGCAACAAGAAUUUUUAGUUAGGAAUGUGACAAUAUUAAAAAAAUCUCUGGAAGAAAAAACAACAGAACUUUCACAUGCCAUGAGAAGAUCAGAGCAAUAUGAAGCAGAAGUAAAGAGAGUUAGAGCAAGAGUAGAGGAAUUGAAAAAAGAAUUAGCUGCAGUUCAAGAUGAAGUGGAUGCUGCAACUAACAGUGUUCGUAAAUUGCAACGAGCAAAUGAGGAUCUCUUAGAACAGUUAGAAUCAGCUAAUGUACAGUUGGAACAUUUUCGAAAUAGUACUGAUACCUACUCGGUAGAUGUAGGAAUAGGAGAAAAUCUUGAAGAAAAAUUACAUAUAACCAAUGAUGGCAAAUUAACAAAUGAGUAUGAGCUACAGGAAGCCUAGUAUUCACUCAUUUUAAUAAUAAUAUUAAAUUAAUUCGAGCAAUGAUAAAUGUGAAACUUGGAAUGUGAAAAGCAAUUUUUUCCAUAUUUUCCAAAAUGUAUACACCAGUCGAUGUAGCAAUAUUUUUGAAUUAUGUCAAAACCUUGUUAAAUGUAUAAGAACUUAUUUAUUUAAUAACUGAACUGAAAUAGUGAAAUAUUAUUGUCUAUUUCAGUAUUGUAUUAUUGUUUAAAUUAGACUAUUUUUUCAAGUUUGUAUUAUAAUUUGCUCUUUUUUAUUAAUUUUACAUAUAACUGUAUAUAUAUAUAUAAUUCUUUUUGUAAUGUUUUAUACCAGGAAACACUUUUGUGAAUAUUUUAAAUAUUUCUUAUUUGUAAAAAUUCACAUUCCAAUGUAUUAUGUUUUAAAUAUUUUUACUGUAUGUAUAUAAAUAAUGUAUAUAACUUAAAUCAUAUAUGUAUGUAAUUUCAAAUUUUGUUUUUUAUCUAAAGACUGGUGAAGUUAGAUAAUGAGAGAUUAUCUGUACCAUCUAUGAUACCUGAUAUUUGUACGUGCUUAUAAUUUUUGCGUGGUUUGUAAAAUAAGGUCUAAAAAAUCGUGAAUGUACCUAUGUCUAUAUUAUAUGGAAGUUAAUGCCCUAAUUUUAAGUAGAAGAACUAUUUAAAUUCAAACUUGACUGUAAUGAAUUUAAAAGAGGUCAUAUAUAUUUAUUAAUUGAUGUAAUUGAUAUCUGAAGGCGAAUAGAAAGUAGAAUCCUUUAUUUGUUUAAUAUAUGUUUUAUUGAUAAAAAAAGGUCAGAUACUAAAAUUCGAUGCAGCAUUAAAUUUAUAAUGUACACUCAGUACAAGUACCUCAAUAAAAAUGAUAUGUAGUGUGUA